AUGCAGCAUGGUUACCGGGGUUACGGGGACUCUGUAUUAGAGACCAGCUUCAUCCGGCAGUAUUACUCUGAAACAGACUGCAUGGACAAGCUUGCCCCACUCCACUCGGAGAGCAAUGAACGAAGAGAUUCUGAAGAGAACAAGUCCAUCCCUGAAAGCUCAGGCUCAAAGGAAAACCUUGAGCCUGAAGGGCAAAAAUUAACUCUGACAACGAUGCCGAAGCGCAAACAUGAGCUCUUUGUCGCGGAGAAGAAUUUGGUAAUCAACGUCUACGAGUACUUCUUGUUAGAACGUUUGCAAGGACGAGCAGGAUCGUAG